AUGGUUAACUUCCGUCGCAUCACCGUCUUCGCGGCGGCCUUCGCCCCCCUCGGCCUCGCUGCCCCUGCCCAGGAGCUCCCCACCGAGGAAGUCUCUUACGGCACCGUUGCUUCCACCAUCCCCGGAAAGUACAUCGUCACCCUCAAGAGCACCCUCGAGGAGCAGGAUGUCCAGUCCCACCUGAGCUGGGUCGAUGGCGUCCACGCCCGUAGCCUUCACAAGCGCGACAUGAGCGGCGUCGAUCAGACCUUCGACAUCAAGGACUUCCAUGCCUACUCUGGCGAGUUCGACGAGGAGACCAUCGAGGCCAUCAAGAACAGCCCCGAGGUCGAGGCUGUCGAGGCGGACCAGAUUUGGACCCUCUUCGCGCUGGUGGCCCAGAGCAACGCCCCCUACGGCCUGGGCUCCAUCUCGUCCCGCACCCGCGGCAACACCCGCUACGUCUACGAUGACAGUGCCGGCCGUGGCACCUUCUCGUAUGUCAUCGACACUGGCAUUCUGACUAGCCACAGCCAGUUCCAGGGCCGUGCCAUUCUCGGCUACAACGCGGUCGGCGGUUCCCACACCGACACCAACGGCCACGGCACCCACGUUGCCGGUACCAUUGGCGGUGCCACCUACGGUGUUGCCAAGGCCACCACCCUCAUCUCGAUCAAGGUCUUCUCCGGCAGCUCCUCGUCGACUUCGAUCAUUCUGAACGGCUUCAACUGGGCCGUCAACGACGCCAUCAGGCGCGGCGCCAGCCGCUCGGUCCUCAACAUGUCCCUCGGUGGUGGCUUCUCGUCCGCCUUCAACAACGCCGUCAACUCCGCCUCCAACUCCGGUGUCCUCAGCGUCGUCGCCGCCGGUAACGAGAACCAGAACGCCGCCAACGUCUCCCCCGCCUCCGCCGCCUCGGCCAUCACCGUCGGUGCCUACGACAGCAACUGGAACCGUGCCUCGUUCUCCAACUGGGGUGCCGCCGUCGAUGUCUUCGCCGCCGGUGUGAACGUCCUCUCCUCGUACAUUGGCGGCACCUCCGCCACCCGCAGCAUCUCGGGCACUUCCAUGGCCUCCCCCCACGUCGCCGGUCUCGCCGCCUACCUCCAGGCCCUCGAGAACCUCAACACCCCCGCCGCCGUCAAGAACCGCAUCAUCCAGCUCGCCACCACCAACGCUAUUGGCGGCAGCCUCAACGGCUCUCCCAACCGCAGCGCCUACAACGGCAACGGCAUCCAGUAA